GGUCAAUUAAAGAGUCUCCUGUUAUUUUCCAGCCAGCAGGUCUGCACAGCCAUCAGAAGUGCUGGGAGCCUGGAAAACAAAACAGUUGGAAGAAAGGGGCGUCAACUUCCGUUUCCCGAAUGGAGGAGCAGGAGGCAACUGGGCCUAGUGUGUGGGAAAGACUGGAGGGUCUGCCCAAAGCCCCACUGGUGGCACAGAUGGGCAACGCUGAAGAGCUUCUGAUGGAGGCCCCUCUGCCUCCCGUGAAGCAGGAACCCACUGAGGGCCUGCAGGACCUCUGGGAGGCCCAGUGGCAGGAGUUCCUCAGGACCCUGCAGGCGCCCGACUUGGAGUGGGGGGCUUCACAGAUGUAUGAGCGGCCCAUGCCCUGGGACGACGCCAAGGCCUUCCUGGCCUCCUUCGAGCAAGUCGCCACCGCGUGCCGGUGGCCUCGGGAGAAGUGGGUGACCUUUCUCCGGCCAGCCCUGAGUGGAGAGGCUGAGCAAGCCUUUGGCAGCCUCUGCGCUAAAGAGAAGGGGGACUAUGGGAAGGUGAAGGCGGCCAUCUUGGAGGAAGAGGCCGCCACACGGGAGAGGCGACGCCAGCACUUCCGGGAACUCCGCUAUCGGGAUGCGGAAGGGCCAAGAGGUGUUUGCGGGCAACUGCGGGAGCUCAGCUGCCAGUGGCUGAAAAUCGAGAGACACACCAAGGAUGAGAUCUUGGAGCUGCUGAUCCUGGAGCAGUUUCUGAGCAUCCUGCCAGCAGCCAUGCAGAGUUGGGUGCGGAACCAUCAACCAGGCAGCUGCACCCAGGCGGUGGCCCUGGCAGAGGACUUCCUGGUGAAGUGGCACGAGGCCAAGAAAGUGGAGCAAAAGGUGGGAGGAGGAUGA